AUGAGUUUCAAGAUGCUUUCGAUCGGGCUUUCUCUACUUGGUCUUAUGACCGGCUCCCUCACGGUUGCAUCCAAGGCUGCUAACUUCGAUCUCCCCUCUGCCACAUUCAGACAAUACGGCUGCGACGAGCAAUGUGAACAGGUCUUUAACCUUGCCGAAAAGCAAGACCGUCAGCUCUUCAGCUCUGACUUCGAUUAUGAUUUCUAUGCAACGGCUCCAGGUUUUACAAGUUCCCAUCCUGGGGAUCUAUUGAAGUUCGAGUUGAUCGAUCCAAGCGAUCUGAACAUUACCUCGGGCGUCACUGUCUAUCGUCUUCAGUAUACAUCACGCGCGCUGAACGGCACUUUUGUUCCUGCCACUGGUUUUAUUGGGCUUCCUGAUACUUCUUCCCGCGCCGAUAACAAGCACCCUGUUAUCGCCUUCGCCCACGGCACCAGUGGUGUAUUUCGAGGAUGUCCGCCAUCUACAACGCCAACCUUAGCCGACUAUUCCAGCUGGAGUCUUCUUGUUAAGAGUGGAUAUGCUGUUGUUGCUCCGGACUAUGCUGGUCUUGGGAAUGAUUACAUCGAGCAUCAGUACCUGAGUUUCCCUGCUCACGCAAAUGACCUAUACUACGGCGUGGUUGCAGCUCGACAAGCACUCCCCCAUGCCUUCACCGACGAAUGGAUGUCCGUCGGACAUUCCCAGGGUGGAGGCGCAUCUUGGAAACUUUCUGAAAGCCCGCUGCACCACAGAGGAGCUGCAGGGACUUACUUGGGCAGCGUGGCCAUCGCACCAGCGACAAAGGUAUAUGACACGGCUGUUGCUACCAUGGACAUUCUUUUCCAACGUCCAGACUAUGCUUCAUACGAUAUCAUAUAUGAGUUGGCCUGGUUGCCAAUCGCCCUCAAGCGAGUCUUCCCUCGAGCAAGUGUAUCAUUCGUCGCCGAAAAGCUACGAGAAAGAAUCUCUCUCGCUACGGAGGCCCAAUCCUGCAUGUCUGGCAUCUUGUCAUUACCACACGGCUUGAAACCCAAAGAACUGGUCACUGAUCCGGCGUGGGUGAAGCAUAACAGGCUUCUGAGAAGAUGGCAGGAUUGGGUCGCUCCAGCGAAUGGUGCGAGAGCUACGGGCCCUCUGAUGAUUAUCCAAGGAUUGAACGAUACAGCCGUCUUGCCUGAAAUCACGACUGAUUCGUACGAUGAUACAUGUCACCACGGUAAUGAAGCACAUAUCAGGCUGUACGAGGGCGCAGGCCAUAUUGACGUAUUUCAUGCAAGCGCUCCUGAUUGGCUUGAGUUUCUCAGCAAUCAGUUUGGUCAAAAGAAGGGUAACUUCCAUGGCGCGUGCAGUAGCGCUACAAGAGACGCAGUGACUGAUCAAGAGAAUGACUAA